AUGUCGAACGACGAUAUUUUCUCGAAUCAAGAGCAAAUAUUCGAGUUUUAUGAAACACUUCGUAAUGGUUCAAGUGAUGCAACUCAACAAUUUCAAUCGAUUCUUGAAGUGUUUGUCUGUGAUAUGCUCAAAUAUCGCAAGGAAAUCAAACGAUUAGAAGAUUCUUAUAAGCGUGAAAAAGAAACACAUGAAAGAUAUUUGAGAAAUAUCGAAAUGGAACAAGAACAAGACAUGCGGGAGAUUGAGGAGAAGAUACGAGAUACUGAACGAAAAAAAUUCGAACAAGAACGCGAAUUGAUUCAACAACGUGCUCAAAGUGAAAUCAGCGAUUUAAAACUGACAAUUCAACGAUUACAAACGAUCGAAAAGCGUUAUUCUGCACAAAAAAGCGAAGAUGAUUCUUCGACUAUUUCAUUACGUGAAGAAAUUGCAAAAUUGACCGGAGAAAAUCAAACUCUGAACGCAUCUUUAAACGAUACAUUGACUACCAAUGCGAUCCUUAAAAGUGAUAUUCAAUCAUUGAAAGCACAACUCAAUGAACGGCAGAGUUUGCUCUUACAAGAGAAACAAUCAUCAUCGGGUAAUCAUCGAGAGAAAGAGUCAUUACAAACGAACGUUCGACACUUAGUGGAAGUUAAUAAACAACUUCGUGAUGAAAAUGACUCUUUACGUGCACAUAUUGAAGCGAAUAAAACAAAUUCGACCAUUCUGAAAACCAAUUCUCUUCCGGCAGGACGACUAGUAUCUACAGCUGGAUCAACAUUAGGCAACUAUUGGAAUAAUAAUAAGUUAGACAGUCCAUCACCGUCAUACACACCGGGCAACAAUGCACGAAGAUUCGAUUCAUUUGAUCUAGAUUCGACUGAUGAAAUAGGUAUAAUUAACAAUAGAGCUGGGACAUUGAAAAACUUGGCGACGGAUAUAUCCUCAAACAAAUUUUCAUCAUUAGCAACUAUCGAUAAGGCGAACUCAUCUGCCGAUGGCAAUAGUACGAUGAACGAUAGUGGAUUGUCAUUGACAACAGGUCGAGAUGCGACUGAAGCAGAAUCAGAACGAGAUUCGAAACUCAAUCGACAAACAUCGCUUAACAAUAAACAAUUUCGACCAUUGCUGACCAAACGCAUUAAUGAUUAUUCAGAUUCAGAUGAUGUUUUUGUACAGCAAUUUCCACUUGAUCGAAGCCAUCCAAAACGAAUGUCACAACACCGAGCGCUAAAACGAGCAAAUCCGAUUGCACAAGCAUCUACAGGAGUACAAAGUGAUAGAUCAGCUACACCGGAUACCAUACGAGAUCUUCCAUUUGAUCGUAUGUUCAAAGUAGUAUUUUGCGGUGAUGCUGCUGUCGGCAAAACCGCACUAAUUAUGCGUCUAUGUAAAGAAAAAUUCGAAACCAGCGCAAGUACUACACUAGGUGUCGAUUUUCAAAACAAGGAAAUUGAAGUCGAUGGUAAACGCGUCGCACUUCAAUUAUGGGACACAGCUGGACAAGAAAGAUUUCGUAGUAUUGCUAAGUCAUACUUUCGCCGAUGUGAUGGUGUAAUUCUCGUCUACGAUUCGACAUAUGAACGGUCAUUCUUGAAUGUUCGUGAAUGGAUCGACACAAUCACCGAUUCUACACCGAAGAAGGUAUCUGUGAUGAUCGUUGCUAAUAAAAUCGAUCUUCGAGAUCAAAUGCGAGCUGAAGGCAAACGUGUCAUUGAAAAAGCUGAAGGUGAAAAAUUAGCCAGGAUGUAUAAAGCAUUAUUUAUCGAAACCAGUGCGAAAGAUGGAACUAACUCCAGUGAAACAUUGUAUGAAUUAGCACGAGAUAUGCAAUGCAACGAAGAUCUAGAGCGUUUUCGUACGGCAGGAAUAGAUUUGGAUAAGCAAACGCGAAAGAAGUCGAGUUGUUGUGGUGAUUAA